AUGAACUCUACGCUCACAACAAUGAUGACCCCUCAUCCAAACGAUCAUCACAUCUCGAAACCUUCAAGGAAGAAAAAGGAUAGGGUAGUAGAAUUGGUGGAGGUAGAUGGUAAGAAAGUUAGUAAGACAUCGACCGGGAAAAGAAAGUUUCAUAAUAAAUCCAAGAAUGGAUGUGACAAUUGUAAACGGAGAAGAGUUAAGUGUGAUGAAUUGAAACCAACAUGCCAGAAAUGCAUCAAUAUGAAUUUGGAAUGUGUUUACUCCAUGCCAAAACCAAGGAAGGCAAAGGGAAGUUCAACAAGUGUUAGAUAUGUAACUCAUAAGCAGAUGACCUCCGAGGAUGAUGAGCAGGGGCAAGACGGUGAAGAAUCAAUGCAUUCUUCCUCGACAAGAAAUAAUUCACUUUCAGAUUCCAAUGGUCUUAAUCCAAAUAAUAAUAAUAAUAACGUUUCUAUUUCGGAAAUACAGCAACAGACGAUCGCAAGAUUACAACAGCAACAACAAAUGCAACAGCAGCAAUUACAGCAGCAACUAGAACAGCUUCAACAAUUGAAACAAUUACAACAGCAAAAUGUUAUGAAUUCUACCACCACAACACCGUUCCCCAUAUCUCCAGUGAGACAAAGUGAACCAUCACCAAUAAAUACUGGUUCUAAUGGUAUAGAUGGAUUAUUAUUGCCUCCCUUAAUAGCAGGAACAUCAAAUAAACAACAAUCACCACCAUCAUUAUUGAAGAAUUUGAGCAAUUCUGGGUUCGAUUUAACGAAUAGUCCCGGCAUGUUAUCCUUUUCAGGUUCGAAUAUGUCGAUAGGUUUGGCAAAUCUUAUAAAUCCAAACAAGAUGGCUUCCUUUUCCCAAUUUAAUCCGGCAAGUUUAAAUAAUGGAGCUUUAUCGCAACUAAGUAAACUUGGUCUCAACAUAGGUUCCAUGUUACCACCAAAUAUUGAUAUAUCUUCACUAGUGUCUAAUAUUACCUCGGGCUCAGGAUUUGAUCUUAAUGCUUUACUAGGAACCAAAGUUAACCCUAAUUCAACGAGAGCUGUCAAGGCAAGUACUGCAGAAGAAGCAUUGGCUAAUAUGCAAGAACAUCAGGAACAAAUUACCAACCAAGAUAAUACUAAUACAAAUGUACCUAACACAACACCACUCCUGAACAAUAAUCCAACAAUGUUACCAUCAAUGACACCAACUGUGAGAGCCACCUCCUUAACUGUGGAAAGUAAUGACAACAAUGAUCCGUCAUUGAGUCAAUCUGCAUCAGAUUCUCCAUCUUCCACCACUGCAUCAUCAUCAUUAUCCGCAUCAUCACCUUCAUCUUCUCAUGGCAGAUCUUCUUCUUCCACAAAUGUAGGUGAUUCCACCGAUUCUAAGCCAUUAAUACCAAAGUUAUUACAAUUAUCGCCAAAGGUAAAUUUAAACCUAGUUGAGUUAAAAUUGUUCCAUCAUUAUUGCACCAAAGUUUGGCCAACAAUAAUAUCAGCAGGAAUCUCAGGCCCAGACGUCUGGGGUACAUAUAUUCCAGAGUUAGCCUUCGAUUACCCAUUCUUAAUGCAUUCUCUUUUAGCAUUUAGUGCAACACACUUAUCAAGGACAGAGUCAGGGUUAGACAACUAUGUUUCAAGCCAUAGACUAGAUGCAUUGAAGUUGCUAAGGGAAGCUGUACUGAAUAUUUCCGAUGAGAACACAGAUGCACUCGUAGCCAGUGCUUUGAUUUUAAUAAUGGAUUCUCUGGCAAAUUCAUCUUCUUCAAGUCCAACAAAUGUGAAUACUAUGUCACCAUCAGCAUGGAUUUUCCAUGUGAAGGGUGCAGUUACGAUAUUAACAGCGGUGUGGCCACUUCCAGCAAAAUCAAAAUUUGUAGAUUUAAUAUCUGUAGAUUUAAGUGAUUUAGGCGAUGUGUUCAAUCGCGAAGAUGGCACGAUAUCUGAACUAGUAUGUUUCGAUGAAACAAUUUCUGAUUUAUACCCAGUGGAAAUUGAUUCUCCAUAUUUAAUAACUUUGGCUUAUUUAGAUAAGCUACAUCGUGAAAAGAAUCAAUUAGAUUUCAUUCUAAGAGUGUUUGCAUUUCCAGCGUUACUAGAUAAAACUUUCUUAGCUUUGUUAAUGACAGGUGAUCUAGGUGCCAUGAGAAUAAUGAGGAGCUAUUAUAAAUUAUUGAGAGGCUUUACAACAGAAGUUAAGGAUAAAGUUUGGUUCUUGGAAGGUGUAUCUCAAGCAUUGCCAUCUGACGUUGAUUCAUAUUCGGGAGGUGGUCAGCAUAUGAUGUUAGAUUUCUUAGGAGGUGGACUACCGUCAAUGACAAUGACGAAUUUAUCAGAAUUGUUGUAA